CGGGCGCGCAACUUUGCAGAACCUCUCCGCCGGUCUCUCCUCGCCUCAGUCUCCUCUUUCCUCUCCCAGGCGAGAGGACCAGCGGAGGCACCUCUCCCGGGUCUUAGACUGCGGAGUCUAAGACUUAGAGAGAGGAGCCGGGAGGAGAUAGACUUUUCUUCCCCUUUUCCCAUCCCCUUUUUGCUCAGAGAGGAAUGCAGAGGCGCGGAGCUUUAGAAAGUUGAGUGGUCAGGAAGGUAGGUGCUUCCCUCUUCCUCCUCCCACCGAGGUGGGGCUGGGACCUCUGGACCCAGCUUCUUACCUCGCCGGGAACACCUUUUUCGGCUCCAGCAGCCGAUGCAUAUCGGAGCCGCUCUCUGCAGAGCCAGAGGGUGGGUCGGCUUCGCAGUGUGCGCGUGAGAAUGGAUCGUAGGUCCCGAGCUCAGCAGUGGCGCCGGGCUCGCCACAAUUACAACGAUCUGUGCCCACCCAUAGGCCGCCGGGCAGCCACCGCACUCCUCUGGCUCUCCUGCUCCAUUGCGCUCCUCCGCGCCCUUGCCACCUCCAGCGCCCGAGCCCAGCAGCGUGCGGCUGCCCAGCGCCGGAGCUUUCUUAACGCCCACCACCGCUCCGCCGCCCAGGUGUUCCCCGGGCCCCCUGAAGCUGACCACGAGCAAGAGGAGGCCGACCUCGAGCUCUCCCUCCCCGAGUGCCUAGAGUACGAGGAAGAGUUUGACUACGAAUCUGAGACCGAGACAGAAUCUGAAAUCGAGUCCGAGACCGACUUCGAGACCGAACCCGAGACCGCCCCCGCCACUGAGCCUGAGACCGAGCCCGAGGACGAGCGUGGCCCCGUGGUGCCCAAGCGCCCCACCUUCGCCCAAUCCCUCACCGAGCGUCUCAACGCUCUGAGGUUGCGGAGCCCCGACGCCUCCCCCAGUCGCGCACAGCCCAGCACUCAGCAGUCCCAGAGCCCCGGAGAAGGGGAGGAGCCCGAGCCCGAGGACAAGGAUCCAAGGGACCCCAAAGAGUCCGAGGAGCCAAAGGAGAAGAAGCAGCAGCGCCGCUGCAAGCCGAAGAAGCCCACCCGCCGCGACCCAUCCCCGGAGUCCCCUUCCAAAAGGGGACCUAUCCCCAUCCGGCGUCACUAA